AUGUCAGAACAACCCCCACCAAAGAAGUUAAAGCAGGGUAUAUCCUCAUCAUAUAUCAAUUACACUAUUUCCAAAGGAGACAAGUUGGCUGUUCUUACUGAACUCCCUAGUUCAGGUGAGUUUUUCCAAAACUUUAUAGCUCCUAGAAAACCAGUCAAGUUUAAGCUUACUGAAUCAAUUAUUCCCUUGGAUAAAUUCAGACUUGGUAAUCUUGAGUCUACUUUACAUUAUCAUCAUGAUUUGCAAAUUGAAAAGAAAUAUCAACUGGGAUUUGGAUCUGGCCAAAAAAGAGUAAAGUUUGGAUUGGGGAAGUUAAUUGAGGAAGUGAAACUGGGUAAUGAUGAGUUUUACUUGACAACUCAGUACGACUUUGAUGAUCCUGAUGCUAAAUCUGAUGAGGAAGAAGACAAUGAUGAAGACGAGGAGGAGUUUGGGGAAGAGGAAGAAGGAGAUGACGAUGAUGACGAAGAGGAACAAGGGGAAAAUAUUAAUUUUAAAUUCUCUGAUAAUUUCUCAGAAACAUCAUCAAUUGAUAUGAAUAACCUUAGAGAUGAUUUUGAAGAAGAUUUUGAAGAAGAUUCAAACACUACUGAUUCGAUAUUAGACGAGGAAUUGAGUCUCACUAAAUCCGAAGCUCUUGUCAGACUUAAAGACAUGUACCAAGCCCCGUUGACCAAUCUAAUUAAUGCUCCAGACAUCCUUCCUACAAUUCCUCCAUGUUUUGAAAAGUUAAUUCCACAGCAGAUUAAUCUUUGGAUGGGUUCUUCAAACAUUUCUUCAAAAGAAUUCAAACUUGAUGAAUCAGACAAAUCAGGAUUAGGGCUUGGAAAACAACUUCCGGGUGAUUUAACUGGAUCCUCGUCAGGAUUACAUCAUGAUCAUGCUGAUAACUUAUAUAUCGUUGUUCAAGGUAAGAAAAGGUUCACCUUGUAUAGCCCAGCUGAUGCUUUUAAGUUGUAUACUGUAGGGACAAUUUACCGAUUAUACGAUAGUGGUAUAAUCGAUUAUGAAGUCGACAAGAAUGCACCUCAUUGGAGACAUAUUCGAGAUGAUGGGGCUAUAGUCGAAGAGAUAAUUCGUUGGAAAUUGGAUGGUCUUGACGAUAAAGAUUCUAAGGAAAAGUCGAAAUUGUUGAAGCAAUUGCAAUGGGAAGUUAAACAAAGAAAUGAAAUGAAAGGGGUCAAAACGGAUCUAGAUCCUCCUAAUUUCUCAAAAAUCCCACCAGCUUUAUUACACCUUGAUGAAAUUGACAACAAAGACAUUAGAAACAAAUUAGAAACGUUUGCAAAUGAAUAUUUCCCUGGGUUUCUUGAACUUAAUCUGUUCAAAGUUUGGUUAGAACCAGGUGAUAUGUUAUAUUUACCUGCUGGUUGGUUUCAUGAAGUUUCAAGUUUUGGAGAUGAUGAUAAUCAUGGUCAUAUUGCAUUAAACUACUGGUUUAUACCUCCAAACACGGACAAUGUCGAGACUUGCUAUAGCGACAUGUAUUGGCAUGAAGAUUGGGCCAAAACAAGGCGGAGCUUGGAAUUGGCUCAAAAUGGCAAAAUUGAAUUAGACUGA